AUGGGUCGAGCAGAUAUUAUAAGUCCCCCACAAGACCUCCUGAGGUCUUCUACUUCCAUCGAAGACAUCCGUCUUAAAUCCGAGUUCGAGGAGAAUAAAGAUAUCCGGGAAUAUCUGCGAAAAUGGCAGGAGAAUCAUCCGAAUCCUCUGGAUCCUGUCCGAGGGCCCGGGACAUCAAAUACAUUGGAUGCUUCGGCACCUUGGGUUGGAAACAUGCUAAACGACUAUCGGGAAGCGCAUGAUGCAGGUAGCGAUGCCCUGCGAGAGACAGACGAGGAUGUUACGGACUUUGAAAAUAUUGCCGAAGAAGGGGAAGGAAUGCAUGACUUUCUGGAGCCGGGAGAUCUAGUGGCACUGUCCUCUGCCGAAGGCAUCCUGAAUCUUGCCGUUUACGUUCGGUCUGUCUGCAAGCAGCAGCAAUUCUACACUGAUCGAGGAAAAUGGCGCAUUGCUUUUGCAAAGGAUCUUGAUUUCGUGAUAAAAGGGUUUGUCCCACGAGAACUGGUGGCCCCCUUGCUACCCCAUUUCCCCGACGCUCUCGCACAGCUCAGCUUGGAAAUGCAAUCAGCUAUCGAAGGAGGGGUACCGAGGCCGAUUGGUGCGCCUAUUUUGCGGAUGAUCAAUGAUUUCAACGAACAGGUUCAUCAGUUAUACCAAGCGAAUGCCUAUCGGCUGGACAAUAUACAUGAGAUCGUGGCGGACGAGGAAGAGAAACUAGAGUUAACACUCGAAAAUCUGACCUGUAAAGCGCUUGAUAUCACAAGUGACCAAGUCGACGAUAAGAUCUUGUUUGCCGUACAUCGGGCCAUUCGUCGAAAUUCCUUUCUCAUCGAGAAUGAUCGGAGCUCCAUCUUCACCGACCACUAUUUCGUUCAACCGAGGCGAGUCGCCAAUAUACUUGACACAAUCCUCACAUGGGUGCAUGAACACCAAGAGUAUCUCAUCCGUGCCGUCACAGGAAACGAGGUGCCUAAUCUGAAAGACCAUCCUAUCCAGCAAUUCAUCCAGAAAGCCCAGCGUCUUAUAAGGCUCAGUCGAAAAGUUAGGUCUCCAACAAUACUGGCUUCUGUCGGUCCAACAGCGCAGCGAUACCAGCCUGGACAAGAUGGGAAGCCUUUGGUUUACCGUGAGGUCUUGACAGAGACAUUUAGUUACACUGAUCGUAUGAUCAUCGAAUAUCUUCAGCUUUGGUGUAUUCCGCCCCGACGGAUGACAUCUGGAAUUCUUCGCUCGGCUGGGUCACACAUUAUGCGCGCCACAGGAAUGUAUAGUGCGCUGGACACGAAUGCAGGUACGGCUGCUCUAUUCUUGCAAGAGUUGGGAGUUGUGGCCCCAUGGGAGAAUUUGCGAUUACUGGAUCAAAAUUUGGCACUUCCAGGACAUGGUGUAUCCCCCCAGUCAGACAGAAUGUGGGAGGAUGUACAACGGGCCUGUGAGGAAUUAAAUUCCGAAGGCGUCACAGACAAAAUGGAGAGUAUGCGGACAGACUUUGGUGACCUACCGGUUUACUGUGUAGAUGACCCUGGUGCGCAGGAGAUUGAUGACGGUGUUUCUCUGGAGCGCAUACCGGGGCCAGAAGACACUUUCUGGAUCCGUGUCCAUGUCGCUAAUCCAUCUGCGUUUGUUAACCCUCAUGAAUUGAUCAUGGAAUAUGCGGCCUCUCGUGUUCAGACCGUUUAUGCUCCGGAGCGAACAUAUCCAAUGCUUCCUAACACGCUAACGCAAGAGCACUUCAGUUUGGCGCCUGGCCGUCCGACAUUGACAUUCAGUGCCAAGAUGAAUCUACAGGGCGAGAUAUUGGAUACUGAAAUUGUCAAUGGCAUAGCCAGAAACGUUAUCUACAUCACGCAUGAUAAACUACGCAGCGUAUUUGAGCCCGAGCCACAGGAGGUUCUGGAACCGUUGACGGUAGGAGGGGAGUACUCCAACGAGCACACUCGUAAUAAUCUACGAGAAAAGUUAUCUUCAGAGGAUGAAGAGACCUUCAACACUCUGAGAGAGUUGAUGCUCGCGUUCCGGGAACACCGACGAAGGAAUGGCGCAAUGGAGUGGCCAUCGUCGAUGGAUACUCCUGUUUCAGUCACUGCUGGCAACGCACCAUUGAAGCCAUACAACAUGCAAUUGACAGAAGGCCGGUAUAUACUCGGGGACCCUAUUAUUCAACUUCGUCCCCGAAACGUUGAUCCGCAUGAGGUGCCUGAUUUAACGAAACGCAAUCUUGUUUCCACCCUGAUGAAUUUAGCAUGCUACGUUUCCGGCAAGUGGUUGGCUGAACGCAACAUCCCCGCCGUGUUUGAUGGAACGUUCUACCAUCCUGAAUACCCGAAGUUGACCAACAGCAACAUGACGGACUAUGGAGGGAAGUCAUGGCUGCAGUUGGCGGCUCCAAAAGGCAUCUCUUCAUCCAGCCCCACUCACCAUGCGCCCCUGGGACUUGAUGUCUAUGUGAAGUCUACGAGUCCUUUGCGACGAUAUACCGAUGUCAUGGCUCAUUAUCAGAUCGAGGCUGCACUGCGCUUCGAGCGUGAGCAUGGUCGCCGGUUUGAUGCUACCACCGAUGAGUCCGUCCUCCCGUUCUCCAAGCUGGAUGUGGACAACUUCAUUUCGCGAUCUCGUUGGAAGCGUAGUCGUAUAAUGGAUAUCGACUCGGCGUCGAAACAAUUUUGGGCAUGUAUGCUCCUAUUUCGUGCGUUCUAUUUCGGCGAAUGCCGCCUACCCGAAACCUUCACUUGCCUGGUUCAUAGACCGUACAACGCGACUGCUCUGGUCGGAUCACAAUUCGCACAAGGAUAUUCAGGUGUCAUAACAUCCCUAGGAGUACGGUGUCAAAUUGUCACGCCUCCUGAAAUGUCUGAUGUGGAUAUCCUGAGCGUUGUGGAAGCUAAGAUUACUUCCGUGGAUCUAUCCCGCACGCUUGUCAUUAUGGAAGCUACACGCAUGGUUAAGAAAUUCGAGCGAGUAGGAGAAUGGCGGUGA